UGAAACGGAGCCAAUUUAUUUUCCCCUCAGUGUGGCAGCAAUACGCUUCCGUAGUGUGGAGAGGUUUCCACAUUUAGAGGUUGUUGGUUAACACACAGACGAUCCCUGAGCGCUGGUCUUGUGCUGGUGGGCGGUGCUCAUGACCAGACUAAAUCUCCUCGUCCACUUCGGUUCAGUUCAGACCGCUUCACCCACACAUCCUCACACACGUCCAUAUAGAGUGAGAUUCACAUAAAUACUCACGUAGGCUGAGACGAACACGAACACGCGGCGUAAACCCUGACAUUUAAAGACAUUCACCACCGCCGCCGUCACAGAAGGAUGCUCCGGGUGACAUUCAGUCCCCUGAGAUUCUCUUGAACAACUAAAAUGGUUCACAGAAGACCAUGGCCACAGUUAGGCAAACAAGCUUUGCUCUAACUACCAGAAAUCACCUACACCUUCAAGUACACGCCAAGUGACAUCACCACCAUGGCCGGCCUGCCUUCCUGAUUCCCAUUCCUGGAUCAUUUUACACCCCCUACUUCCAGUCUAACUCGAAGCUCCACAGCAGCCUCCUGAAGGUCGCCAUGGCUACCCCUUUCCUGUGGAAGCUGUCCUCCCAGAAGCUAGGCUUCUUCUUGGUCAGCUUUGGCUUCAUCUGGGGUAUGAUGCUGCUACACUUCACCAUCCAGCAACGGGCGAGCCACGAGAACAGCGCUGUGCUGCGGCAGCAGAUCCUAGAUCUCAGCAAGCGCUACAUCAAAGCUCUGGCUGAGGAGAACCAAAGCGUCAUGGAUGGGCCCUAUGUAGGAACCAUGACAGCUUACGACUUGAAGAAGACGCUUGCCGUACUGCUAGAUAACAUCAUGUUACGUCUUGGAAAACUGGAGUCUAAGGUGGAGAACAUCUACAAUGCUACAGGGGGAAACCUGACCAACGGUACCAGCACCAGCACGCCCACCGCCAACAACCCAGAGAAGGUUAACGUGGCAGAUCUCCUGAAUGGGGCACAGGAGAAGUGUGAUCUGCCUUCUCUGGAUGGUUUCCCUCACUGUGAGAGCAAACUGAAGUGGAUGAAGGACAUGUGGCGUUCAGACUCCUGUUACAGCAGCUACGGCGUGGAUGGGUCCACCUGUUCCUUCUUCAUUUACCUCAGUGAGGUGGAGAACUGGUGUCCACGACUCCCUUGGAGGAUAAAAACCCUGAGUGAAGACAUAGAUCGAAGACGACAGGCUGAAGUGCGCACCAGUUUUGAUGAGCUUUACCGUGUGAUGUCACAGCGGGAAGAGUUUCGCUGGAUGAUGCUAAGAAUCAAGAGAAUGGCCGAUCCUUGGGUCGACGCCAUUCGCUCGCUGGCAGCCAAACAGAACCUAGCCAAGCGUCAGAGGAAGAAGAUCCUCGUCCACUUAGGUCUCUUGACGAAGGAAUCUGGAUUUAAGAUCGCAGAGAAUGCUUUCAGCGGUGGCCCCCUGGGGGAGCUGGUUCAGUGGAGUGACCUGAUAACUACACUCUACCUUCUGGGUCAUGACGUUCGAAUCUCAGCCUCUAUUGCUGAGCUCAAAGAAAUCAUGCGUAAAGUGAUGGGUAACAAGUCCAGUUGUCCCACUCAGGGUGACAAGAUAGUGGAGCUCAUCUACAUCGACAUUGUUGGACUCACACAGUUUAAGAAGACCCUGGGACCCUCCUGGGUCCACUACCAGUGUAUGUUGCGGGUACUGGAUUCGUUUGGUACCGAGCCAGAGUUCAAUCACGCUCACUACGCCCAGUCCAAAGGCCAUAAAACACCAUGGGGAAAGUGGAACCUCAACCCCCAGCAGUUCAACACCAUGUUUCCUCACACUCCAGACAACAGCUUCCUGGGCUUCGUGGUGGAGCAGCACCUGAACGCUAGUGACAUCAGGCACAUUGACGACAUCAAGAGGCAGAACCAGUCUCUGGUCUACGGCAAAGUCGACAACUUUUGGAAGGACAGGAAACACUACCUGGACAUCAUCCACAGCUACAUGGAAGUGCAUGGCACCGUGCACGGCACCAGCACCGUGCACCUGCCCAGCUACGUCAAGAACCACGGCAUACUGAGCGGCCGAGACCUGCAGUUCCUGCUCAGAGAGACCAAGCUCUUCGUAGGUCUGUCCUUCCCUUACGAGGGUCCUGCUCCCCUGGAGGCCAUCGCUAACGGCUGUGUCUUUCUCAACCCCAAGUUCAACCCACCAAAGAGCAGCAAGAACACAGACUUCUUCAAAGGCAAGCCCACGCUGAGAGAGCUGACGUCUCAGCACCCGUACGCUGAGGUCUACAUCGGUCGACCUCACGUGUGGACAGUGGACAUCGAGAACGCUGCUGAGGUGGAGAGAGCCAUCCGCUCCAUCCUCAGGCAGAAGAUUGAGCCGUACCUGCCGUAUGAGUUCACGUGUGAGGGUAUGCUGCAGAGAGUCAACGCCUUCAUCCAGAACCAGGACUUCUGCCACGGUCAGGUGAUGUGGCCGCCGCUCGGUGCCAUGCAGGUGAAGAUGGCCGAGCCUGGUCACUCCUGUAAGCAGGUGUGUCAGGAGGAGCAGCUCAUCUGUGAGCCGUCCUUCUUCCAGCACCUGAACAAGGACAAGGACCUGGCAAGGUACGGCGUGGACUGUCAGACCGUGGAAUCGAGCGCCGACACCAUGGUCCCGGCCUACAGCGACUCACAGCACCACUGCAUCUUUCAGUCAGACCUGCUGCUGUUCAGCUGUGCUGGUGCUCACCCUUCACUGCGGCGCGUCUGUCCCUGCCGUGACUACAUGAAGGGACAAGUGGCUUUGUGCAAGGACUGCCUAUAG